AUGUCGACAACCGCUCCCUCAGCCGCAACUGCGAAUAGCGCUGAAGCCAAUAUACCCACCCAUCCCCUCAUAAUAAACGGAAAACCACACACUACAUCCUCCAGCUUCCCAGUCUUUUGCCCCAAAACAGGCGAACACCUCCACAACUUCUCCUCAGCCUCCAUAUCAGACACCGACGCAGCCAUCUCAGCCGCCGAAAAUGCAUACCCAGCAUGGCGAAGCCUUCCGCCCAACCAAAAACGAGAUAUAUUUCUCAAAGCUGCUGGGAUUAUGGAAUCGCGCGCUGAGGAAAUGAGGAAGAACACAGUACAGGAAACGGGUGCGGCGGAGGGCUGGGCGGCGUUUGACCAAGGGCUGUCAAGUGAGAUACUCCGCGAUGUCGCUGGGAGGAUUUCCAGUAUUGCUGGUAGCAUCCCGGCCACUGCCCAGGAAGAUGUAACGGCACUGGUGUAUAAAGAGCCAUAUGGCGUUGUUCUUGCCAUUGCCCCUUGGAACGCACCUCACAUCCUCGGUGUCCGCUCCAUAGCCUACCCGCUCGCAGCAGGCAACACGGUAAUCCUAAAAGCUCCCGAAUUCUCCCCCAUGGUUUCCACUGGCAUAGUGCAAGCCCUCAUCGACGCUGGCCUGCCCCCCGGAGCGUUAAAUCUCAUCGCACACCAGCCCUCGGACGCUGUCGCCGUGACAAAACAUCUUAUCUCUCACCCUAGCAUCAAGAAAAUCAACUUCACGGGCUCCACAAACGUCGGCCGUAUCAUUGCGGAGUUCGCAGGAAGGAACCUGAAACCGGUGUUGCUCGAACUCGGGGGGAAAGCUCCAGCUAUUGUCUGGGAAGACGCGGAUGUGGAACUCGCUGCGAAUCAGUGUGCGGUGGGAGCAUUCCUGCAUGGUGGGCAGAUAUGCAUGAGCACCGAACGGGUUAUCGUUCACGAGAGCGUUGUUGAGAAAUUCGAGGAAGCUUUUAAAAACGCAGUUGGAGGAUUCGCGCCAGAGAGUUCAGAAGCCCCGGUUCUGGUUAGCAAGCUAGGCGUGGAGAAGACCCAGCGGUUGUUAAAAGAUGCCGUUAAUAAAGGUGCCAUUAUCCUCCAUGGGGAUGCUAACCAGCCAGACAAUUGUACCACGAUGAGACCCGUCGUGGUCAAAGGCAUGACCAAGGAGAUGGAUCUAUACUACACAGAGAGCUUUGGCCCGACGGUUAGCUUGAUGACUAUUAAGACUGAAGAGGAGGCGCUGGCGCUGGCGAAUGAUACCGAGUAUGGGCUUACCGCUGCGGUGUUUACGAAGGAUUUGCAGAGGGGGCUAAGGAUGGCGAGGGGCAUUGAGAGUGGUGCGGUGCAUAUUAAUGGCAUGACGGUUCAUGACGAGACGGCGCUGCCACAUGGUGGUAUGAAAUCGAGUGGCUAUGGGAGAUUUGGAUCGUCUGGUUUGGAUGAGUGGGUGAGGACGAAGACGGUGACGUUUAGGAAUUGA